AAAUUGAAGGCUGUCACAAUAACAACGGAGGCUGCAGCCACACCUGUAUUGAAGUGGAAGACACAUACCAAUGUGAAUGUCCGAGAGGACUUGUUCUGUCAGAAGACAACCACACUUGCCAAGUUCCAGUGCUGUGCAAGUCCAGCUCUAUUGAGGUGAACAUCCCAAAGGACCUGGUUGGAGGCCUGGACCUUUCCCUCAUCAACACUUCCUGCAAAGGAGUAUCCAACGGCACUCACGUCAACAUCCAUUUCUCCCUGAAGUCCUGCGGCACUGUGGUAGAUGUAAUAAAUGAUAAAAUCAUUGCCACCAAUUUGGUGACUGGCUUGCCAAAGCAGACUCCAGGAAGCAACGGGGACAUCAUUGUCCGCACCAGCAAGCUGCUGAUCCCAGUGACCUGUGAGUUCCCGCGCCGGUACACCAUCUCCGAAGGUUACGUGCCCAACCUCAAGAACUCACCCUUGGAAAUCAUGAGCCGCAACCAGGGCAUCUUCCCCUUCACUCUUGAGAUCUUCAAAGACAAAGACUUUGAUGAACCCUACAGGGGUGCUCUUCCCACCCUCAAGCUUCGGGACUCUCUGUACUUUGGGAUCGAACCCUUGGUACACGUCAGUGGACUAGAGACACUGGUAGAGAGCUGCUUUGCCACUCCCACCUCAAAAAUUGAUGAGAUCCUGAAGUACUACCUGAUUCAAGAUGGCUGCGUUUCUGAUGAUUCGGUGAAACAGUACACGUCGAAGGACCAUCUCGCCAAGCAUUUCCAGGUUCCUGUGUUCAAGUUUGUGGGCAAAGACAACAAGGAGGUGUUCUUGCAUUGCCGCAUCCUCGUGUGCGGGGCGCUGGAUGAGAGCUCUCGCUGCGCCCAGGGCUGCCGGAGACGGGUGCGCAGGUCGGCUGCGACGGAGGAGGAGGAGGAGGAGGAAUCUGGUCACGUGGCAAACCGCAUCCUGACAGGUGGCCCCAUCAGAAUCGACUUUGACGACUAA